GCUGCAGCGAUAAUUAUCGAUUUUAUCGAUAAAAUCGCCCAGCACUAGGAUAAGCCGUGUAAACUAUUUCAUAUCCACUAAACAAUGCUUUGAUAUUUGGACCUUUUAUCAUUUCAAGUUGUAUCUAUUUUAUUUAAGUUCUGAUAUUGUCUUUACAAGUUGUUGAAAUGAAUAUCGAUAAAUUACCCGAUGACUGCUUAUUUCUUAUUUUCAAUCUUUUAAAUAACUUUGAGACUCUUAUGAAUUGUGCUUCAGUCUGUGAAAGAUGGAAACAUUUGGUUUUCAAAAGAUUAAAAACUGUUAAAUACUUGACAAAUUCAUUGGAAAGGGAUCGUUAUCCUGCCGGUACGAUAUACUUUAGUGAAGACGAUCGACUAGAGCAAAUAGGAACAUCAAAAUGGUUUCCUAAACUAAAGAUUCUAGACUUAUGUGAAUGGCAUUACCUGGAUUUAAUUUCUAAUUUGCCAGUCAAAGGAUUACAAUUGCUUUCAUAUUAUGGAUAUUUGGAUAAUAUCACAUUGGAUAUUCCAUCCGUUGAAAUGAUAGCAGCUCAAGACUUUUAUAAUUCCUUUGCAAAUGCUAAACAAGGCCCGAAGAUAGAGCAAUUAUACAUUUUACAUUGCAAUGUAUCCAGGUUUUCCAGGCAUGCUAAAUAUUUUCCGAACUUGAAGCGACUUCAUAUUGAAGACGUACGCACUUAUGCCCCUUUUGUUGACAAAUGUUAUACUGGACCAGUUCUUGAAAAGCUAGAGAUUUUGGAAAUAUCUUUAUUCGCUGAAUAUGCAGAAUUUUUUAACAAAAAAUAUUAUGGAUUCAGCCUUGCAGACCAUUGUCCAGCCUUGAAAAGUGCCUUUCAUGUUAUUCAAUCUCGUGAGCCUUUCGUCAAUAGUGAGAUUAAAAAUUAUGUUUUAGAAGAUUUAGUUCUUUUAUUUGGAUGUGAUUGGUCUAUCUUAAGAUGUAUUUUAAGCAAGUAUCCAAAUCUGAAACAUUUGGCUAUCAGAGGAGGCACAUACAUAUCUGAUGAAAAUAUUCCUGAACUUUUAAAGCUACUUCCUCGUUUAACUCUUAUCGAUGUCAGAGACUCACAAGAAGUGACUGAAAAGUCAGCUGAUUAUAUUGACUGGUACUGUCAACGUCGUAAUCGUUCAAUUUCAUUCUAUUAUCGGCACAACGGAACUGAAAUAACAAAGGAAUGGCCUAAUUCAUUAACUAAACACGUCCGUAUUGGUCGAGGGCUUGAUUUCAUGAAAUGGUGUUUUUUCAGAGACUUUGAUGAUAUGCCUUUUUUGCUUGAUCCUGAUGAAUGAAGAAUAGUUCAACGGAUGGGUUUGAGAUUUUAUUUGUGCUUUUCUCAUGUCGAUGAUCAGCCCAUCUUUGGUUAUCAUAACCUCAUCAUUAAAGACCUUGCAUUGAUCUGUAAAAUAAAUUUAUGUUUGACAAAAGCCAUGUCGAAGCAUUGCCUGUGUGAUCUUUGUCUUUAUAAAGGUUCAUCAUCAGGAUGCGUUGAAGACAAAUAGUAGUUAACCGUCAUAAUCGUAAAAGUAUAAUUCUUAUUGACAUCAGAAACUCGGAUUAGAAAUUCUAAGUUAUUAAAAACCACUUUAUUGAAAUUGGU